AGCAGCAGUUGGUAAAAGAUUUAAGAGGUGAUUCUACAAGUCAAAAUAAAACGAAAAUCAAGCAUAAGAAAAUUGCGUUUGGAGCCUCGUUUUUUAGUUAUUAACAUUUAAAAAUCCCUGGGUGCCGACAAACCUCUCUACACCAACGAGUGUAGAGUAGGUCAAGACACUGGGGGUACAGCCAUCCUCAAAACCAACGACACAUGGCCGCCAGUUACCUCUUACAAGUACUGUUUCGUGGCAGUAAAAAGGUGGUAAACAAUGAACGUGGCAUUUUCAAUAUUGAAUUCGACAGCAAAGUAUACAAGAGUCGAUUACAGCUACAAAAAUGGUUAAUGGGUCUUUUAAUCUUUUUGUUCGUAUCGUUAAUUGUGAUAAAUACAUACAACACGGAUCAAUUACGAACGGCACGAUAUGGAACUAUCGCUAACGACUCUUCGCAAGAAAAUGACUUAGAAUUGAAGCCUUUCUUCGCAUCGCUAGCCAACUCCGGCUUCGUAGUCCGCAACAAAGGUUGUCGGAUUCCAGCAAUGGAUCCUUUCGAUUCAGCGAUCGCACGAUUUAUCGAGAAAGAGAAACCUAUUGCUUGUGAGCACGGAGAUUAUUUACCACUGGUCGACUCGAACAACACGGCAUUGUUCAUAAAUCCAAAAGCGAUCGGUCAUUUUUACAACAACUCAGGGGAUAUUGACUGCUGCUGGCGUCCGUUCUGGCGAAUGAAGGACGACGAUAAUGUUGUUACGUACGGCAACGAGUGUUUCAAAUUCAAUACCUCGACGGUUGUGAACACCGAGUUUGUGAAAAUCGAAUGUUCGUACAAUAACGAAGUGAUAUACAAGGAUUAUCACGCGUUUGUGCCCCGUGUCAGCUCGGUGGAAGAGAAGUGCAAGAAAAUUGUAGCUUCUAGCUCGAGAACCGAACACCUUAGUGUGCUGAUAGUCGGUAUUGACUCCGUCUCGAGGUUAAAUUUUCAUAGAAUGAUGCCGAAGACCGUCGAAGCGUUGCAGCAGCUCGAAGCGGUGGAAAUGUUAGGCUACACUAAAGUAGCUGACAACACCUACCCAAAUUUAGUACCUGCCUUGAGCGGUUUGUCCGAGGGGGAAUUGCACGACCUAUGCUGGCAAAACAAGGAGAAAACGUUCGACGAGUGUCCGUUCAUAUGGAAAAACUUCAGCGCGUCCGGUUAUCGAACGAUCUUUGGCGAGGACGCUUGCUCCAUGACGACGUUCAAUUACUUAAAACAAGGUUUUCGAGAUCCGCCGACCGACUACUACCUGAGGCCGUUCUGUAUAGGGUCGGAGAAGGAUAUCGGUAAUACGCAUAAGUUAAACGCAAAUCUUUGUGUAGGGACCAGGAAAACGUUCGACAACUUACUACACUACGCGCAGAAAGCCGCCUCGCAAUUCGCCGCAGAUCCAUACUUCGCGAUGAUUUGGGAAGCUAGCUUGACUCACGAUUUCUUGAACUAUCCACAGUUAGGCGACGUGUCCUAUUACAACCUGAUCACCCAUCUCUACAUCAAACAGCUGUUAAACCAGACAGCGUUGAUAGUGAUGAGCGACCACGGAAUGAGAUGGGGCAGUUUUCGUCAAACUUAUCAAGGUAGAAUGGAGGACAGCUUGCCGUUUGUGUUCAUCGUGUUGCCACGGUGGUGGAAGGAGAAGUAUCAAGUGGCCUGGGCGAAUCUUCGAAGGAACACGCGUAGCUUAACAACAGCCUUCGAUCUGCACGAAACCCUGCUAGAUAUGCUCAACUCUCAGAAUCUGGAGGAAUCGCGUCUGAAAAGUCGUUCGAAGAGCAUGCCUCGGGAUGAGAAUUUGCCACGUGGAAUCAGUUGGUUCCUACCGAUUCCUGACUACCGGACGUGUAACAUGGCCGGUAUAGCUAGUCACUGGUGCAUGUGUCACAAUAGUUUCGACGUUCCUACCAACGACGAGAAUCUUAAAGACAAGGCGGUCUUCGUGGUCUCGGAGUUGAACAAGAUGCUGAAGAAGUACGUGCAGUGCGCGAGCUUGAAACUGAAAGAAAUUAAAGCCGCGAAAGCGUGGAAGGACGAGGGUGACAAGGGAGAACUAGUCGAUUACACGAUUACGAUUGAAACAGAACCUGGUGACGCGAUAUUCGAAGGCACAGUGCGGUAUAGGAGUAAGGACAAGGUGAAUAAGUUGGUGGGAUCGGUUAGCAGAUUAAACGCGUACGGCAAACAGAGCGCUUGCGUCGAUGAAUUCAACAUGAGGCUAUACUGUUAUUGUUUGUAG